AAGCUUGUACAACAAGACAGGGAAGCCUAUGCAGGGCGCGUGGCUUGUGCAGGAAGUGGGGCUUCUUUCGCGCAUCUAACGCGUUUUCCUAGAGGAAAAUGGCUACCAGCUGUCACUCGUGGGGGAAGCGCAAUUGCUAAAGUGCAAGAAAGGUAGUUAAGCGUCUCUACAAGGAACCGACGAAGACAGCCGUGGGAGCGCGGCCGGGUGAUCGAGAACUCUCGGGUGAACACGACGCGGAGUGACCGAGUGUAUAUCGGGUGACCAGUGCCGCAGUGCCAUGAAACCCAAGUUUAUUACACUGUUUACAGACACUCGUCCACACUGUAUAAGUGACCACUAGCUGAGUCUACUGCUUCUGAUACUUCGAAUUUCACCGGCUCGUCGGACCCGUCUGACUCUCGACGCUCCUUUACCCUUGGGACGGUUCGCCGGAAGAAGUGCAGUAUGGGUUCGAGUCAACAGUUUUCUCUAAGGUGGAACAAUUAUUUGAAACACAUAACAUGUGCUUUUGACACUUUGCGCACAGACGAAGAUCUUGUUGAUGUAACCCUCAGCUGUGAGGGAAAGAGGAUUAGAGCACACAAGAUGCUCUUAUCUGCUUGUAGCACAUAUUUUAGGGAUCUGUUCAAGGAAAAUCCUUGCCAGCAUCCAGUCAUCAUAUUUCGAAAUGUUAAAUUUGACGACCUAGCUGCGCUGGUCGACUUUAUGUAUCAAGGCGAGGUUAAUGUAGUACAGGAACAGCUUGCCAGCUUUUUAACGACAGCAGAACUUUUAGCGGUUCAAGGAUUAACAGAUGGAACUGGCAAAGACAGCGAUAGUCUUGUUGAGGAGGAUGAUAUUCCCAAUGAGCCUGAGGUGCAGCUGCAGAAUACGUCAUCGCAAUUGUCAGGAAAUCAGAGCACAAAGUCUCCCGCGUCUCCCACACAAUUUCAUUCCGUCGAAUUGCAGCCGGAUACUCCGCCAAACAAGAGACGAAAAUGUCGGGAGAGUUCAAUCGGUCAUUCAGAGAAAAACACGACGAAUUCAUCCUCAAAGGAAAGUGACAGUAAAACGGACGGUCAAAACAUACCGGGCUCCGACCCGGUUGAAAUCAUCCCACUAAUGCCUAAUCUCAAACUUGAGAUGCCUGAAUACCUCGAACAGGAUGGCAGCAGUUGCAGUUACGAGGAACAAAGCACUGGGGAAAGCUCUACCAAUCGAAUUGGAGUUGACGAGAAAUCAUCUAACACACCAGACCACGAACAAAAACCUGACAUUAGUCAGACAUUCUACUCAGCUAAUCAGUCAGCCUCGGACACCCCUCAUGAUGUCAAACAUCAGGACAUAGGUCACCUACUGUCAAAACCGAGUACGUCAGGCGAGAGAUUAACGCAGGACGCUAUACAGGAACCAGCGGCCGAUCCUGAGGGCGGUCCGAGCGCGGACUUGGGCUCCUCGAUAGACGAUGAUUUCGCUCAUUCCUCGGAUACUGAGUUGUUAUUUCGCUGUAGAAUUUGUUGGAAGGGUUUCAAGCAUCCCAUGUCCUUGACCCUGCAUAAGGACUUGCACACGGGCCAGACUAAGUGCCCCAUUUGUCAUCGCAUCUUCAGUCGAAGUUACGACAUGAAAGCGCACUUGCUACGCAUCCAUAAGUGCACGUUUAGCGUGGACGCCAAGCUGAAUUUUCGAAAGUAAAUCUUUUUCCCGCGCUCGAGCUAUAUACUUUUUUUUUUUCUUUCUUUAAUACUUAAAUGCGCACUCGUAUUAUCUGAUGUAACGUAUCCUUGCGCACGCACGUUAUAUAUCCAUGUACAAGGAUAUAUAGUGGUUCAGACGAUUGUUAUAGCGGCGACGGGAGAUGCUGAAAUUAUAUUUACGGGAAAUAUGACUAAGGUAGAUGAUAGCGUAGGCGGACAAUUUUUCUGACAGGGGGGGUUACUUUUUGUUUUACGCGGGAAAAUCGCGUAGCUCGCAGUGCCAUAUGCCAGAGUGAAGGAAUAAGGGAUAAAAUUUAUUGACCCCCCUCUCCCCCCACCACUAAUCUCCCUAAUCCCAGUAAAACGAAUGGAUAUUUCGGUUAUGACGAAAGCGAAGUUAUCGUAAGACGAUGUAAAUAAAAUGCAUAUCGCGCGUAGAACGAAGUAAGGGAAAAACGAGUAUUUUGUAGAUACAGUGGAACUUCGAUAACUCGAAUCUCAAGGGAAACGAUAUAUACUUCGAGUUAUCGUAGUUUCGAUCUAUCGGGGCUUUGAUAUUAUCGUAGAAGCGAAUCAUUAGGAAAUUCGAAUAUUCAUAGCCUUACGGGGGUUUUUUUACUUACAGAAGUUCGAGUUUUCGAAGUCCCACUGUAUUUGGUAGAGGUGUACAAAAAAUUUUUUUUAAUCAGCAAAAUUCCUUGACAAAUUAUUUCCAUGCGUAUUCAGGCCCCAGUACCUUGAUUAGAAAAUCACUGUGCAUAUGUAUGUACUUCAUCGCAAUUUCCCUCUCACUGUCUCUGUUGCGAACGGAACGAUUAUUCCAUAUAAAUAUUAUAGCCACGUAAUAAAAAAUAUAUUUAACCUCGUCGCAAGAGUCGGUCGAGUACUUUUUUUUUUUUAAAUCCUAACAAGCAAUACUCUUGUACAGGAUGAUAACGUCGUACCGAUUAACUAGCGAGGUACGGCGUUCGUACUAAUUAAUUAAGCUUUGUGCAAUUAUGAGAACGUAAUUAACGCGACAGCGUCCUAACGACAGUCGUCUGUCUAGAACUACGAAUUUAGACGCCUAUUAUCAUCAUAUUAAUCUUACGGUCGUAAGCCCUCUACGUUGGUAUUUUUUAAAAUAACGAACUCGCAAGAAAACGGAGACUCGGUCUUGUCGGAGUCGAAGAAAAAUGCAAACCAUUUUCGUACGAAUGAGACAUUAGAUUACGCCGCCGUUUAUAGACGGCGAUUGCUUGGAUCGCGCAAUCGCACCAGUGCGUUGUUCUUUUUUUUUUUUUUAAGGCGGGAAUGAGAAGUGUGUAUUUCCCAGAGGGCGUGUGUGUGCGUGUGUGCGCGUGAAAAAAAAAAAAAGGAAAUGAAAAAUGCAGAGACGAAAAAAAGUCUGUGCUAAGGGUGAGAUUGAGAGUGAUAUAUGGGAAACGGUAAAUGAGAGAACGUAAUUCGCGUUGAACGAGAAUGCUGUAGAAUGACGGGGAAAAAAAAUGAUAUUAAAAAGAAAAUGAAAAACAGUACCUUACAACAAUGAUAAACAAUUAUUGUCGACCGAGCUCGACGCGCUCGUUGUCCCAAACGAGAGUAAGCAUAAUACUUCGAUUAACGAGAGAGUCAAAGCCAAGAAAGAAGACGACGAAGUUACUAAAUAAUAUAGAAAAAUACUCCCACGGUCGCUCUCUUUACCUAUACCUAUCUUGGUUUUAUAUGGUUGGAGGCUUAGCUGGUUCACGCUUUAUGGGAAUAAUAUUACUCGCAAAUGGUACAAGUACAAGAGUCACACUGUGUUACCCCCUUGCAUACCCACGCAUUGUCCACGCCACUGCUCCGCCCGUUAUAAUAAUUUUUUUUUUUGUAAUAAAAGAAAAAAAAAUUGAUCGCUCGUGAAAAAGGAUAAGAGCGAAUAUUGGUAAAGGAAAAA